AUGGCUGCUGCUGCUGCUGCUGCUGCUGCUGCUGCUGCUGCCAGCGGCGGUGGUGUUGGUGGUUGUGGUUGUGGUCGUGGUGGUCGUGGUCGAGGUAGUGAGGUGGAGGCCGGCCGUCGAGAUGUCGCAGGUGGCUGUCGUCCUGGUCGAGGGCUCCGGCCGCAGAAUCCAGCACAUCCGCUUGUCCGCGACGCUCGCCGUAAUAUCGAGCCAGCGUUAAUGCAUCGCAAGAGGCCCGGUCUCCGGCGCGCAGCAGUCGAGAGCUGGCGACGGGUGAGGCGGACUCCAGAGACAAUAGCCCAGUGGACCCAAACACGCCAAAACUCUUCCUUCUUUGCUUCUUCGACCGUUCAGCCAUGGCGCCGCGACGCUGCUGCAGCUCUGCUUCUUCGACGACGAGGCCAACCCAGCGCGGGUUUCAAGGAAAAGAAAAAAAGAAAAGGAAUAGCUGGAGGAAAAAGAAAGCAGCCAGAGAGGCAACGGGAGGGAAACAGGCGACGAUGCGAGCGAGCGAGAGACGAAGAGGCAGAGGAAAAAGAAACGCCGGGGAUGAGGCCUGCUGAAAUCGAUCUUCUCCAGCAGCUCAUCGCUGAGAGCCUGAGACGGCGAGCAGGAGGCGGUUUCUGCGUCUGCGUCUGCGUCUUCUGCUGCCUCUCGCGGGCCUCGAAACACGAUCUGGACAGCUCUCGUCCUCCUCCUCUGUCUCUCAGGCGGCCGGUUUUUCUCUCGAGCUUCGGACGGGAUGCAGGAUCAACAGAUCAACAGGUCUACAGAAGGUACAAGCAUUGCGGUGAAAUCAGCCACCUCAUCCGCUACUGCUAUGUACCUGGACAGGGAAAGCGUUCGCUGUUUGAGAGAUAUCUCAACGUGAAGCCCACGGAGAUAGGAUAUUAUACGAAACCCCUGCAGGUAGACAAGGGGGCAGACAAACACGACACAACACACACACACGCAGAGAGAGAGAAAGACGAAUGA